AUGGCGACGACGCCGGCGAUCUGCAAGGUCGCGGCCUGCUACAUCACUACGAGCCAAUGCAACCGCACCGCGAGUCCGUGCCCGACGUGCUUGACGCAAUCGUCGGACAUUGUCAUGUGCUCGGACGUGAGCCUCGGCUGCGACGGAGGCACGGUCUGCGCGCCGCUCGUCUCGAGCCCGCUCCUCUUCAACAAUAGCACACUGCCAGCGACAACAACGCUCGCGCCCGACGAGGCGUCCAAGAGCACUGUCACAUAUGCGCUCCUCUGUGGCGGCCUCUGCUGCCUCGUCUUCGUGCUCUACGGCGUACUGCGCUGGUCACAAGCGCAAAAGAAGCGCGAGGCGGCGCUCGACUCGGAGGCGACUGUGGACUCGAGCGCACCCCAAGCGCAGGCCCGCGCGCUCGACUCGACGUACUCGCUCGACAUGGUCCCGAGCUUGCGGCCAACGCCCAACAAAUCGUUGUUGGACAAUACCAACCAUAGCAACGCGAACAGCUAUACGCGCAAGAACACGGGCGGCACGGUCCUCCACGACGACCCCGCGACGUACUCUAUGUUUCACACGAUCGGCCGCAUCUCGGGCGUCCACAAGCACCGCGCAUCGAGCCUCCUCUCGCAGCAGAAGGACAGUAUCAUCUACAUCAUGGAAGAAGACGACAAGAGUCUCGCCGACGAGUAG